GACAAAUCAAAAACUGCGCAUGCGUCUACCUCUGGUUUGUUCGACCUCUACAACAGACCGACGUUAGAUAUUCGCUAGCUGCUCCACCGGAUCCGACCCAGUCGACCCAUCAUAAUGUAUGCCUGUGCUAAGUUCGUCUCCACGCCCUCUCUGGUCCGUGCUGGAUCCAGGGCAAUGUAUAGACCCCUCUCAGCGGCAGUGCUCUCAGACAGCAGGAAAUCAGAGACUGCUUCACUCCUUGCACCAAGUCCUGCAGCCUCUCAGCAGCAGUUUGCAGUGCGGGGAUUCCAGACCAGCGCUGUGAGCCGUGAUAUUGACACAGCUGCAAAGUUCAUUGGAGCAGGAGCUGCCACUGUUGGAGUGGCCGGAUCUGGAGCUGGUAUUGGAACAGUCUUCGGCAGUCUCAUUAUUGGAUAUGCGAGGAAUCCAUCACUGAAGCAGCAGCUGUUCUCUUAUGCCAUCUUGGGCUUUGCCCUGUCGGAAGCUAUGGGUCUCUUCUGCCUGAUGGUUGCAUUCCUCAUUCUCUUUGCCAUGUAAACACCUUGGCCCUUACUGUACCAGGACACAUCAAAAAGUUCAAGAGUCAGCAGUUGGAAUAGAAUGAUUUCAGCUUGGUGUAUUGUUUAAAUCUUAUCAGUGUUCCUUGCAAGAUUGCUACUCUGUUGAGAACCUCUGCUAAACUCAAAUCAUUGUCAUGAUGGGUCUAAACUACUGUGUAUUUAAUUAAAGGGUUUGUUGACGAACAUGCAGCCUAAAACAGAAGUAAAACACUUAAUUCUU